UGUCACACCCGGGAGUGCACUUCGCAGAUGGUCUGGCUCUUGGACUUGUUCAGGGGCAGACCGCGGCCGGCUCUAAACAUGGAAACACUUAACCACAUCUUUAGCGCCGACACGUCCAUAUUGUGGGUGCGGAGCAUUGAAAUGUUCAAAACAUUUACUCUGAGAUACAUGGUUGCUCUAUUUGCCUAGUCACUGGUUUUGCCUCCCUUCUUCACGUCCGUACCUUGUUCGUCAAUGACGGACGAUCUUACCUCAGAAAUCAUCCCUCUAGCCGUCCCGUACUUGCCCAUUGCUAAUAUCAGCUUGGCGCACAAUAUUUCGUACUCACCGGAUCACUUGGGCGACCGUCCCAGGUUCAAAAAUAACGUGACUAAGGACUUCGGCGGCCCCAGGACCCAAGUAACUCUCUUGACAACCGCAACCUCGGCGGGGCGAAUGCUCGCUAUCCAGCCUCCCUCGAACAUAUCAUCUUACACCAUCAACUUCUACGGUCCAGCUGUGAGAUGCUUCAAGGCCGACGCGAAGACGCAAUCCACUAUUCAGUUCCUAUUUGAAAAAAAGCAAACAAGCUGGAUAGUUCGAGGGGCCAGGCCAACUAAAACUGCCUACUAUGCUUUCGCGCCCUCUUUGACGACCAGGGAAAUAUUACCCCCCUGGAUGGUGUCCGGUACUAGGCUUCCAUCAACACCACCAACGAGGUCUGGAUGGUCUUUGAGCGGUACGAUAUGGCUACCUCAGAUUGUCAGUACAGCAGUCAGUACCAAGUGUGUAAGCUCUUCAAUGCUACAUACGACCUAAGCCUUUCGUGGGAGAAUGGAUUCCCAAAUAUCACUGGGUCAGCAACGCUCCUAUCACUCGAUCCAAUCACUUAUCCGACUGAUCAGUUCCCGGCCGUUUCAGACAUGGUCAAGCACGCCUACUCCGCCUUUUUCUGGGCAUUAGCAGACCAAGUAACGGGCCGGUUUAACUGGUAUCAAGAUGACGCCGCCACCCCACCGAGGCAGUUUGGUGGAAUCCAGUCUCCCAUUCAGCAUAACGUCCUCCUGGGGAGCUCGGACCUCAACGUCUUCUUCGACUACAACGAGGACCCAGGCGCGUGCCACUUCGAUCUGGCUGCCUUGAACUUACAGCGACAGAAUGGCAUCAAGCUAGCCGGAGGAAGACCGUUGGAUGAGCUAAUUGAGGAGUUGUCUUUUAACAUGACUGUUAGCUUGAUGCACAACGACUCAUUGACG